GGUUGUCGCGGGUGCGAGGUGGUAGGUGCGUCGAGUCCACAAUCGGCUAGUGCGAUGCGGGUACCGAACCAGAAAGCGGCGAGUGGGAGCGAUGAGCGGUAGGGUCACAGUGCGGUGAGUGGAUACUUUGUGGGGCCUGAUCGAGCAACCAGCAAAGCUGCCAGCCCAAGGAAUCACGCGCAUUGGACUGUCCCGUCCCACCAUCCACGGCCACGCAGCACGCAGUAUCCGUACUUGGUGUACGGAGUACGCAGAGGUGCCACCCACCUGCACCCAGUGCCAGCGACAGCAGUCCGCGCAGUUUCCGUCCCAGCGUGAGAGGUGCCAGACCAGCCAGCCCAGUCAAGUUCCGUACCCAGUCACCCAGUCCCAGAGUCCCCAGUUUGCCUCCUCUGUCCGACCAACCGACCGACCGACCGACCGAAUACAGCCUCAAAGUUCUUCCAUCUCAUCAUCAUCUGCCAUCCCACGCAACCCAAAAAAUUUGCGCCGCGACGCCGCAGUCGACGACAUCCCAAACUUCACUUUCGCUGCCUUCCAUCCGUGCAAGCGCGUUGCUUAUCAUUGUCGCCUGCACUCCGCUAUCGCUGUCGCGUCAGCCGCAGCAUCCUUCUUUCUCCCCAACGCAUAUACCGUGCCUUGCGUCGCUCAAAUCCCCCGGCACCCGCCAAUCGCGCGACCCGACCGCCCCCUCCCAUUUUGAUGGCUCCCUGAUCAUCUCGACCCUACGUCACCCAGGCACAUCUCGUAGCCACGCAUUCAUCGACGACGAUAAACGUCUUCUCGCACGAGCGAGCUCAAGACUUCUCGUCCCCGACCGACCGACCUCUCGCUAGAGAGCCGCGCCCCAUUCCAGGCGCGACCGAACGACGGGAAAGUGGCGCUCACCAUCCUCACCCAGACCGACGCCGAGCUUUCCCUUCAACAACACCUCGACCUCGCUCCCGAUAUCCUUAGCUACCCCCGUCUCACUAUCGAGGGGGGCACCGAACCAUUGAUGAUGGCACAACCCGUGCCUCAUCAUGCGACGGACAAGAAACGCGUCAAGGUCUACGAGCUGCGCAACAAUGACUGGUUCGAUCGCGGAACCGGCUUCUGUACCGCUGCUUUCAUGCAGACGGCAGAUGACCAGCCUCGAGACCCUAGAGUCAUAGUUGAAUCAGAAGACCACCCAGACAGGCUUCUAUUAGAGACCAAAAUUUGCAAAGAGGAUGGCUUCCAGAAGCAGCAAGAGACUCUCAUUGUCUGGACAGAACCCAGCAAUGGCAUCGAUAUGGCCCUCUCCUUCCAGGAGGCGGAAGGCUGUGCACUGAUAUGGAAAUUCGUCAACAGCGUGCAACAGACUUUCCAGGGUGGCAUGGCCGCUGCCGGUAAGUCGCGUGCUAACGGGGACCGUUUUGGACGACCCCAAUCUAACGUUUUCCAUUCAGACGACAGUCUUUCCGACGAUCUAGCCAUGGAAAUGCCCAGCACCAUCAGCCUUCCACCAGCCGAAAUCGGGAAUCUCCAGGAAAUCGAGACUAGCAUGCGCAUUAUGAGUCAGACAGUCAAUGGACGAGACGCACUGGCUAAGUGCAUCAUGGGCGAGGACUACAUUGGCAAACUGAUUCCUUUGGUCGAAAUGGCUGAAGAUCUCGAGAGCCUAUCAGAUUUGCACCGACUUUGCAACAUCAUGAAGACCGUCAUUCUUCUCAACGACACCGCCAUAAUAGAACAUGCCGUGUCCGACGACUGCGUUCUAGGCGUCGUAGGCGCUCUCGAGUACGACCCCGAUUUCCCGAGCCACAAAGCCAACCAUCGCCACUGGCUAGAUAACCAAGGACGAUACAAGGAGGUUGUACCGAUCCAGGACGACCAGAUCAGGAGGAAAAUCCAUCAGACCUACCGACUUCAGUACUUGAAGGACGUUGUACUGGCACGCAUACUGGACGAUCCGACCUUUUCCGUUCUCAACUCUCUGAUUUUCUUCAACCAGGUGGAUAUUGUCCAGCAUCUGCAAGGGAAUGGUGAAUUUCUUGGUGACCUUUUCGGCAUCUUCAAGAUAACGCAAACGGAUCAGAGACGGAAGAAGGAGGCCGUUCUGUUCAUUCAGCAAUGUUGCGCCAUUGCGAAGAAUCUGCAGCCGCCGGCUCGCCAAACUCUUUACAAUAACUUCAUCGGUCACGGCCUGCUUCAGGUCAUCAACUUUGGCCUGCGUCACCCUGAUGUGAGCGUUCGGGUGGGCGCCACCGACGUUCUGGUAUCGCUGAUAGAUCACGAUCCGCACAUGAUUAGAGGCACCAUUUAUCGCCAACUUCAUGAAAGGCAACCGCCCUUGACAGAUUCACUCAUUGAUCUGCUUUUGGUGGAAGUCGACCUUGGCGUCAAGGCGCAGAUUUCAGACGCCUUAAAGGUCCUUCUUGACCAGGGCCCUCCGCUUCAGUCGCAGGAAGCUUUCGCGAAAGCCAACGGGGAGUUCCCAGGCCGACGGCCCCAGGCAAUGCAAGAUCCUCAGCACGCCAACCUCCUUGACAACUUCUACGCUUCAUCAGCAAUAAGGCUCUUUAGGCCCCUCACCGAUCUUCGAGGCCGCACCAACAUGGCAUUCCCAUUGCAACAAGCCUCCAUGUUUACAUAUCUCAUCGAAAUACUUUGCUUCUUCAUCAGACAACACCAAGGGAAAUGCAGACCCUUCGUUCACCAACAAGAUCUACUUCGGCGAAUUGCCCAGCUAUUUGCCUGCCCGGAGAAGUAUCUACGACUAGUUGCCAUUCGCUUCUUCCGUAACCUAGCAGGAAUGCAAGAUGAGUUCUACGAUCGACUCAUCAUGGAACAUGGCAUCUUGGAGCCCUUGCUUGACAUGGUCUCCCAAUCUAUGCAUCGGGACAACCUCCUCAGUUCCGCCUGCGUCGAGUUUUUCGUAUUCGUUACCGGACAAGAGCACAGGAAGGCCAUGAACAAGUUCCUCGUCCAAAACUAUCGGGAACGACUAGUCGAUCUGAGUUACAUGGAAACUUUCCGCAACGUUCUAGUACUCUACGACCAGACUCAAGGCCACACCGCCGAGUUUUACACGGAAUCAGAAGAGGAUUUGGCAAGACGGACGGCCGCCAACACCAAUCAGAGGAUGAUGGAACACAUCGCCGUAGAUCAAGCUGAAGAGGAUUACUUCAACACCUCGGAUGACGAAGAUGGACCUGAGAGCAGGGCUUUUGACAAGGUGCAGCCUACAAAUGGCUCAGCAGUGUCAACACCAGCCUCAAAACCGCUGGUCGACUACCCUUCGGAUGAAGAGGUGGAUGAGAACGCUGAUCCUGAGGUGCUGCCAACGUCUGGCGAAAAGCAAGACGGAACCGAUGGCGCUUCCGAUACAAGCAGCGAAUCAUCCUCGGUCGCACCGCCAGAACGCCUUUCUGAGAAGAGACGGCGCGAAGAAGAUGAUGACGAUGAGCUCGGGAAGCUGAUGCAGAACAAGCGCAGGAACAGUAGUUCUGCGGGGUCGAAUGCAUCAAUGACAUCAAGUAUGGUCAGGAGAAAGAAGACCUUUGCAGAUCGGCCAAACACAGCAGCGCCGAAAAAGAUUGCUAUCAGUAUAUCACCUUCAGUGAAGACUGGUGGGGCGGCGAGGUCGGAUGAUGAAUCCUGAGCGUUUACCCUGGCAUUCACUGCAUGGCAGAUUGCAGGUACGAUUGGCGAUGACUAUUUCCAUCAUGCUUUAACUAGGGACCGGCGAGUUUGGGGGCGGUGAGGCGUUAUUAUCACAGUUCACGACACGGGAAAUCGAGAAGAGUAACCAGAACUAGCUAGAGAGCCAGAAGGUGCGCCGUUGUGAGAGUGGCUAGAGGUUGAUUCAAGGAUCUGUCGUGCAGGACGGCAAGUUGACAUUUCAGAGUGCGCCGACAACAGAAACGGGGCCCCCCUCCACCUCUUGUGGCGGCGCCCUUGGUGAUGGGAGAGAACGAGAGUAUGGGAGGGAGAAAGAAGAAAAGAGGACAAGUCCCACUGUGGUAUGUUGGGCUCUGCGGGCUGGAAUCGCCAAAGUAGCAUCGUGUACCAUAUUCCUGUUGAAGUUUUCUUGCUUCGACGCCGGGUCCUUUUGCGGGGCCGGUGAGCCUGUUUCUACAAGGCUUUAUUUUGCACUCGGGCGCGUACCGUUCCAAACCCAUCUCUGAGC